AUGUUCCAUGGAUUGCCAAGUGAAGACCCCAUUGACCACCUUGAUGAGUUUGAUAGGCUUUGUGAUUUGACAAAGAUCAAUGGUGUCUCUGAAGAUGCCAUCAAGCUGAGACUCUUUCCUAUGUCUCUAGCUGACAAAGCUCACCAAUGGGAGAAGAGCUUGCCCCAUGGCACAAUCACCACUUGGGAUGAAUGCAAGAAGGCCUUUCUUGCUAAGUUUUUCUCCACCGGUCGCACAGCCAAGCUUAGAGGAGAGAUAUCCAGCUUCAUCCAGCGAACAAUGAGACAUUCGCAGAGGCUUGGGAGAGGUUCAAAGGGCUACACAAGUCAGUGCCCACACCAUGGAUUCAACAAUGAAUCACUACUCUCCACUCUUUAUAGAGGAUGCUUGCCUAGGUAUAGGGAGAUGCUAGACACAGCUAGCAAUGGGAACUUCCUCAACCAGGAUGUAGAUGAUGGCUGGCAACUUGUGGAGAACAUGGCCAUAUCAACAGAAUGCUAUGGAGACAAUAUGAGUACAGACUGGAGCUCGACCGCACUCGAUCGAGCUGGAGGCUCAGAUGAGAAAAGACAUGCUUGCACUCAACUCGAAGUUGGACAAACUGAUCCUAGCCCAAUUCCCUGCCAAGCAUGUCUAUGUCUCAGAACAAACCUAGUCAAGGACCAGGAAGGGGAGGAGACAACAACAAGCACUCAAAAAGACAAGGACCAUCUAUGGUCACACAACCAGGCAUGCGGCUACAAAUCAAUCCACACAGAUCCAACCAGCAAGGCACCUCCCAAGUUUCCACCAAGGAUUCACCAAUGCCAUACCCAACCAAGCCAAGAUUGGGAUAUGAAGGAAAUGCUCCAACAACUCCUUCAAGGGCAAGCCAAAGGUUCACUGGAAAUGAACAACAAGCUGGUUGAGAUACACUCUAAACUAGAGUCAUUGACUUCAAGAGUCCAAAUCAUUGAGUCUUCAAGUGCAUCAUCCUCUUCACCACAAGAGUAUGCCCAAGCAGUUACACUAAGAAGUGGGCGACAAUUCCAAGCAGAGAACUCGAUCGAGCUGGAGAAACUGAGACUGCAAGACAAACCAGAGCUCGAUCGAGCUGAGAAGAGAACAGACAAAGCAAGCUCCAGCCAACCAGCUAAACCUGUUGCAAAGAAGAAAGACACUCCAGCAGGACCACCACCAUACAAACCCCCUCUGCCCUUUCCAGGAAGGUUCAAGAAACAACUGUUGGAAGCACACAAGGCCAAGUUUGAUGAACUAAUGAGACAGCUUGAGCUGAAGUUGCCUUUCAUCGACGCCUUGAUGCUCAUUCCACCUUAUCAGAAAUUUCUGAAGGAUGCUGUUCAGCAAAGAACCAGGGAAGCACAAGGGAUGGUAGUGUUGACUCGUGAGUGCAGUGCAAUCAUUCAGCGGAAGGUCAUCUCCGACAAAAAGGAAGAUCCGGGGAGUUUCACUUUGCCCUGCAUGUUGGGACCCCUAUCUUUCAAAAACAGCCUCUGCGAUCUAGGAUCAUCUGUCAGCCUCAUGCCUUUGUCUGUAGCAAAGAGACUGGGAUAUCACAAGUACCAAGCCUGCGGAAUCUCACUAGUCUUGGCAGAUAGAUCGAUAAGGUUACCAACUGGGAUGCUUGAAGACCUGCCUUUGAGGAUAGGGAAUGUAGAAAUCCCCACCGACUUCAUUGUGCUUGAGAUGGAUGAGGAACCAACAGAUCCAUUGAUACUAGGAAGGCCAUUCCUAGCUACAGCAAGAGCAAUGAUAGAUGUCUGUGAAGGAACAAUUGAGCUAAACUUGGGAAAGGACCUAAGAUGA